CAUCGUGCCAGAUCCUUGGAGCAAAUAGGUCAAUCUGUUAUCCAUUAAUAAUCAAUCCAUGGCGUGGUGUUGAUAGCCCGACGGCAUCUCGAUUUGUAAUCAACAUCUCCGAUAAAACCACCACGAAUCCACGAGACAGCAUUUGCACAUCCCCCCUCCUCAGCCAAAAUACCCUUCUUAUAUUUCAUUCUCCUAUUCAAUAUGUCAUCCCCUCACACCGCUCGCUCCAUCCUGGACGCCUUUUACGCCGCCGAGCGCAUCUACAUGUCUGCCCCGCCCGACCAGCGCGAUUUUAGCGGUGUCGCUGCCACCAUUGCCCCUUCUUGUCGGCUUGAACAGACCCCUGCGUUGCCCUACGCUGGCACCUAUUUUGGCCCCGAAGGCAUGCAGUCCUGGGGCGAGCAAAUGGCCGACUACUUCUCCGUCGUGGACGUGCAGAACCCCGAGAUCUUCGAGCGCGAUGGAUCGAACCGUAUUGUGGUGCUCUCGACCAUCCAUCUGCGAGUGCGCAAGACGGGGGAGGAUCUGUAUUAUCCGUUUUGCCAGGCUGUGACGGUGGAUCUGCAAUUAGGGCAGAUCACGGAGAUGAGGCCGUUCUAUUGGGAUGUGGCGGGGGUGAAUGAGGCGUUGCAGGGUAGAUCAUAGUCCACCUGAUGAUGAGGCAAGAGUUGGAAUUGUUGGAAAGCACGACCAUGGUUGACAUCAGGCAACACUCUCCUCAUCAUUCAACUCA